AUGGCUACCCAUCGCAGCACUCUCGAGCUGGCUCUUUCGGCGGAAACCCUCGACAAAUUGCUGCAAUCUCUGGCGAGCCAAGAUGAGAUCAAGACCGGUCUUAGCCUAUUGUCACGUAAGGUGGACCGCAUCAACGAAAUUCAGAGCCGUGUGGAAAUGGAUGACCGCCGACGGAAAGUCGUCAGUUUCUUCUUGAAGGUCAACCCGCAGCCGAACUUCCAGACCUCGAUGCGCCUCCGACAGCCUUUGACAGGACUAUGGCUCACUGAAAGCAAUCAAACCUACCAGAAAUGGCGCGACAUCCCAAGUUCUUCACUCUGGCUGAGCGGUAUUCCCGGCGCUGGGAAGACAGUUCUCUGCGGCGUUGUCAUCGAUGAUGUCCUUCAAAUGAGCAACGAGUCAACAGCAGUCGCUUUCUACUUUUGUGACUACAAGAACCACGACAGUCAACAACUGGUCAACAUCCUCGGUGCCAUUGCUGUUCAACUGUCUCAGCAGAAUGAAGAGGCCUUUUCUCUGCUUGAGGAUCAGUUUACACUUUUGAACCCUAGCGGGGGGCUCCCUAAGGAACCAGAGGCAGAAAUGCUGAUGGAUCUCAUUUCGAGGCUUUCAUCUUUGUAUGAGAAGGUUUUUCUUGUCGUUGAUGGCGUCGAUGAAUGUGGUGCAGGCAUGGGUGAAGUGGCUGCAGAGCUGAGACAGCUUUCGGAGGGUUGCCGCCCCCUAAGCCUCGCUAUAUUCAGCCGAGACGAGCAAGAAAUCAACGAGGAAGUCUCUGAGAACUUCGCGCACAUCGAAAUUGCAGCACAUUCAAAAGACAUUGAUCUUUACGUCUGCGCGGAAAUGGGCAAACGGCGACAGUUAAAGAAAAUGAGACUUCAAAGUCCGGAUCUGGCAGAAGAAAUCAGGGAAAAACUUGUCACUGGAGCACAAGGAAUUUCAAUGGCUUAA